AUGUCAGUUGCAUACACAUCUCCAUCAGAAAUCGCUGAUUUAGUGAAAUGUGUAAAUAAAGCAGCAGCUAGCUUUGAAACAGCAGCCGCAGCUCCAGGUGACUUGCACGUUGCUCGACGAAGACUUCAGCAUGAAGCUAGAAAACUUCUGAACUCCUUGGAGGAACCAAAUGGAGAGGUCUGGCCUCGAACCUUCCAAGUCAAUGUCAGUGCCGCAGUCGAGAUUGUGUCACAACUUAAACUAUGGGAGAAGUUCGAAGGAGGAAAGGAAGUCUCUAUAGCAGAAAUUGUAGAGCUCACUGAAGCAGAUGAGAUAAUCAUCAUCCGUAUAUUCCGUCAACUCACAGCCAGCAAUCUAUUCGUCGAAUCCAUAGGCCCAAGAGGUCCGAGUUUCGCUCUCACUUCCCUCGGGAAACCAUAUUUACACUCCGACCACCGCGCAUUCAACAACUUUAUGUUCUUCGAUCUCAUUCCUUCCAUCAUGGCAAUGCCAAAAACUUUGGCAGAGAAACGGUAUAAAGCACCCACCAAGGAGACAGGGACACCUUUCAAAUGGGCUCAUGGGGAAGAACUCUGGACCUGGUUAGGCUCUCACCCCGAUCGGGCCCUCAAUAUGGUUGCUGGGAUGACGUCACAUAACCCUUUGGAUGCUUAUCCAUGGGGUGUUGAGCUUGGAAAGUUGGAUCUGAAAGACGAAGAUGUAGCGAUUGUGGAUAUUGCUGGGGGCCAAGGUCAUAUCAUGGGCGAGAUCCGCCAAAGAAACCCCCAGAUCAAAGGACGGUUUAUUGUACAAGAUUUACCUUCCACGUUUGAAGCUGUACCCACACCGCCAACAGGAGUAGAUUUCAUGACUUACGACAUCUUCACUCCUCAGCCUGUCAAAGAUGCCUGUGUUUAUCAUUAUCGCCACAUUUUCCAUAAUUGGAGUGAUGAUGAUUGCACCACCAUUCUGGAACAAAUUGUACCACUAUUAAAAACACAGCCAAGAAGCAAAUUGCUGUUGGUUGAUGUGGUGUUGCCAGACUCAAACGGGACAAUGCAAGAGGCGAUUAUGGAUAUUUCUAUGUUUCCAAUGGGAGGGAUGGAGAGGUCUGAAAGUCAGUGGAAGCUACUACUUGCAAGAAGUGGCUUGGGAAUUAGGAAGAUUUGGAGAGGAAGCGAACCAGAAGCGUGUAUUGAGUGUCAAGUAGAGUAG